CGAGACCAGUGUGGAUGAUCGCACAUGGCCGAGCUCCACUGUAUGGCCCACCCUUCCUGUAAUCCCUGUCGCAUCAGCCACACGUCGGAAAAUUCCAUUCUGUGGCGCAUGACCACCCGGAAAUAAUUUGGCCAUCGCGAAGCUGGAGCUCUCCGCAAACCCUCGAAUCAUCUCUGGUAUAGCGUCAAUGUCGGUCACAAAAUGUUGUACGAACUCAUAGGAAUCGUGCGACCGGGCAGCCUCGCUGAGGUGAAAGAAAUUGCCCUCACCGCCGGCCAAAUCAUUCUCCGCAACGGCGGCGUCAUCCGCGGCAUCUCCAACUGGGGCGUCUUCACCCUGCCGCGCCCCAUAUCCAAGGCCCAACUGAAGCACAAGACCGGUCACUACUUUGUCAUGCGCUACGACGCCUCCUCAUCCACGCACGCCGACAUGCGAAACACCAUCAACCUCGACCCCCGUGUCAUCCGCUCCGCUCACGUCAAGCUCGGCGACGGCAAGCUCGAGACUAUGGCCCGUUUCGGCGGCGUGAAGUGGGAUCAGUAGACGCCCUCCGGGACUUGUUGGGGCGUUGAAAACCUGGAGAGCAAAUGAGAAAAAUAUGAUAUUGACGGUGGAGAUGCGCGGUCCCUGGGGCAGAAUGAGAGACCUCUGCGCCGGAGGCGUUUGAGAACCAGCACCGAAAAGGUGGAUGGUGUAUGAUUAGAGAACGCCCCAAGUCGGCGUCGGGGACAUCUUGAUUACACAUGUAGAAAGCCGACAGUAGCUCGGAUUGUACAAUUACGUGGCACGCCACUGACACAAUAGACGGAAGGAUUGCCUGAGCAUAACGGGUCAACCUUGCAACUUCUCGCUCAGCAUCGUCAAUCAGAAUCACGGCUCGGUAUCAAUCUAAAAUU